AUGAUCAUUUUUAGCUUCUUCCCGCUCCUUUAUAUCCUUCUGAGAUAUACAGAAACCACCCACGGCUUUGAACAACGUUACCUGCGCGGAUCUGUAAAGACUGUCCCAAAGCACAAGCUGAAGGGACACCAAAUUAAGGCAGUAAAAUGUUCGUCGUUGUUGUCUUGUGCCCAUUCGUGCCUAGCGGAGCCCACAUGUGUUUCAACAAACUUUGGGGCCUCGGAGGAUAAUCAGUUUGUCUGUGAACUAAACAAUCGUGGUGUAUCGUUACUUCACAAUGAGGAGCUUACCUUUGAAGAAGGAUUUAUAUUUUCUCUCUACUCCAAAAUUUCCUUAAUAGACAUUAACUUAAAGGUAAGGAUCACGCAAUAGAAACGAAAUACAGUGAAACUUCCAUGUAACGAAGUCCUCGGUAUAACGAACGAUUUUCUUUACCCUAGUAAUAGUAAAAUGUAUGGAAAAGUACCUCGAUAUAACGAAACCUCGUUAUAGCGAACACAUUUUGCCAGUCCCUUGGCACUUUGUUAUAUCGAGGUUCCACUGUAUAGCAAAGUUAGCUUUGCUUCUGUUAUGACUUGGAGAUGGCCAAAUAACUGAUGGGUAAUUUUUUAUUAACAUUUUAUUGUUAUUAUUUUUGUCCUCAAUUCUAAAUUAACCAUAAGUUUUUCGACCAUCGAAGCAAGGCUAACUUAGCUAUACAGUGGAACCUCGAUAUAACAAAGUGCCAAGCGGCUGGCAAAAUAAUGGAAGGAGAAAAAUUAUAUUGAAAGUUCAAAAACUGCGGCCACAAUUCUAUAUUUAGUGUACUCUUAUAUAUAUAUAUAUUUUUUUUUUCAUUGAUGAUAGAUAAAAUUAUGGUAGAAAAAAAUUAAAACUGUUAAGAAUGUUUGUUUGCUUUUAACAAUAAUUACGAGGACAUUUGAGUCCUUGAUAUGCACUGAACUAAAUGACAUCAAUUCCUUUUUAUGGAUCCCUGUGGAGAGACUCAUGAUAAUGGGGGUCGCAAAAUCUUCGAGAAAACUUUUAAAAACGCAAAAAUUAAGUUCACUGAUAAUAUACGUAACAAAGAAAAGACUCAUUCACACAAAGAGUCAAGCAUCCGCCUUGUGACAAAUCCUACAUCAGUCACAGCCCAGCAAUUUUUGUAAGAGACUUCAGCUUUCGUUGUUGACAACUAUGAAGGGUUUUCCAAUGGUAUACUAGGAAGCCAAAGACUGGGAUCAUUUGCCCACCUACCCCUCCCAUAAGCCAACAUUUUGCCUUAAGUGAGAAGUAAGUGUUGAUGUUGGUGUAGGGGAGGGGUAGCUGGGCAGUUUCCCAGAAACGUAUAAUAAUCCUGUACAGUGGUCAUGAAGCUUUCACGUUCAAUCAGAGUAAAAAGAUUACUCCGCAGAGCGAGCAACUCCCAUACUAGGCUUAAUUUAGACUCUCAGCUCCGUACAUGUGUAAAUCGGAAAGAUAUUAUAAAAUGUUAAGAAAAAUUAAGAAAUGUUAUCCGGUCGGUAAAUUUCCUUACACGUUUACGGAAUUUAUAUACUGGUGUACAUUUGUACAAAAAGUAAACUGCCCUAGGGAUCCUGGUGCUUACUGUCCGACAGCUGCCACAAUGGGAACUACUAGAACGAAGACUGUGAUCGUGACUGUUUUCCCGACUGCAGUUAAUUUUCUACCGCAUUUUUUUUUCUUGCGCUGCGAUUUGUGAAGUCUAAACACAGCUCAGGAGAACUUCAGUUUGUUCCGACUCAAGCCUUAACCAGUAUUAUCAUGGUCAGUUAACUUAGCUGGUCAUCUUUGGUUUGCAGAGCGGCAGGUCAUCUUGAGUUCGAUCUCCGGAAUGGCCUAGUUCGUACUCAAGGUAUUGUGUUAAAAAAGGUGCUGUCUUUGCCACGAAACGGCUAGAACUUUGCUGGCUCGAUUAUCAUGCAGUUAGAAAUCGCGGUCCAGUCUCCAUGAGGCUACGUAAAAACAGUUUCCUAAUUUAGUACUUUCGUGCUAGACACAUUAUCAGACACUUAAAUAAAGUCGAGUACUUUUAUUAAUUUACUUAAAUGAACUGGUAGUAGUCUAUUCUUCUCGUCUCUCUGCCUGGUUUGUUACAGGAGGGCUGCAAGCAGAUGACAUGUCUCAACCAAGGCCAAUGUUAUUUUAACCAAGAAAACCAAAAGUUCCGUUGCAAAUGCUUUCUCCCAUGGACAGGAGAGAGUUGCCAAACAAAGACAGGUAAGAGGUUAAGCUUUUUAAUCCAAAUGAAAUGAGCCCAGAGAAAUUCUCCAAAUUAUAUUUCAACUGAUGCAGCCAAUAAGCAGCCAUGUUUUACUUUUGAAUGAAAACAAGUCGCUAGUACAUGACCACCAAUAGCAGCUAGAAGAGCUUAUUUUCAGAGUUCAACUAUGUUUGGAAGCUUACUAAAAUUAAGACAUCUUAAAAUGAUGAUAACCCGGCCGGCAUAUUGGAUUUUUUCACAAAAAUGUAUUUUUCGCUAUUUAAGGACUUGUUGUAAUUCAAUUCCUGCCUUGAACAACUACAACCCGGACUUUGUUAGACGGAACACUCACAGUAACACUGAUUCAACACUCAGACCAACGUCAACUCUGGCCCUGUUACGACAGCGACUAUACCGUACAUCAGAGGCACCUGAAACUAUCGCACGUAUACUACAACCUUACAUGCAAUAUACGUGUUGCACACAAAACGAUAACCACUUUACGACGACUACUUACUAAUGUCAAGGACGAAGACAAACCGGAGGACAGACAGGGAGCAGUAUACAAGAUCAAAUGCUGCGACUGCCAAGCUACUUACAUUGGUGAAACAGGCAGAAACCUUAGCACUCGACUGACCGAACACAAACGAGCGACGAGAAAUGGUGACGUUAACAAUCACAUUGUUGAACACCAUUUACAGACGAAACAUCAAAUCGACUAGGAGUCUGCGACACGUAUUACGUAUUCUACAGACUACUAUCAACGACUCACUUUAGAAAACUGGUUUAAUAACUAGAACAAACGCCACUGAAUCGUAGUCAACAGUUACCGGCACCGUAAAAACGAUUUAUUGACGAAAUCAAGCAAAACUGACUACGAGAGAAAGACUGGACAACUGACAAUUUGACUAACAAUAGACGACUGUUUGACUGUGACAAUAGACGGAUUUAAACGCACCAAUUACAUUACGAGUCUUCAUAGCCAAUAUCCUCACGGCUUAGCUGUCAGACGGCCAAUAACAUCGCAACGUAAUUGACCAAUCAGGUCAAUAACAAGAGUAUAAUACCAUCAACUGACGUGAUACAACUCACUUUGACUCUGAAGAUGACUACCGCACAGGUUGUCGAAACGUCAGUCACUGUCAACAACAAAAAUCCUAUUCAGGACUACGUUCACCCGGAUGAUCAGUCUUAACCUCCCUUUUAAUUAUAUAAACAAUAUAACAAGUAUACCAGGAUUUUUAAAAACCAACUACUACUUGACAAUUUAAAAACAAUGAAAACCAUUAUCUGAUUGAAAACCAUUAUCUGAUGCCAGGCAGUAAGUUAGAGGUCCCUUAUAGCAGUUCACUGAGUCUAAAUUUUAGAACAUUUAUUCACAGACAGUAAUCUGACUUCGUGAAGUUUCAAAACGGUGUCAUUUCAGUCUAUAAAAUUUUUAGUUGAGUGAAAUGCAGUCAAAAAGUGCCUGGUUAAGGCACAUAACAACUUAAAUAUUAAGCAAAACACCACUAUUUUCUCGAACUGAUAAAUGACAGAAAUUCGCAUGGAAUAGAUUUUCUGAGUCGAGUUUUCUAAGGCACAUUCACCUGAGCUAAACACCUACGAAGCGUUUGUUUUUAUGGCUGGAGCAGAAACUUUUAGUGCAACGGCUCAACCACGAAAUCACAACCUGUGUUCUUUCUGUCAAUACCACCCGGAAAUCACUCAAACAUACACUUUCGUGGCACUGAUAAGACUACACGAUCACGCAUAAUCUUUUCACGUUUAACACAAGCCAAAUAUCAUGAAAUAAUCAGGAAAAAGGCACUACAGGUUUUUGGCAGAUAAACACCUCUAGACAUUUCUCUUACACUCGUCUUAUUCAAGCUCGCUUCUCUCACUAGACUACUCACACGGUCGGCAGUCCAGCAUAGACUCUGUUUUCACACCAGUCUUGGCCAAAUAGAUUUGACUCUUAUUAUAACCUUGUUUUCGAGGCAAAACUUUGUUGUCACCCGGGAGAAGCGAGCAGUGUCAUACCUUUCUGUUUCAGCGCGGAUCAGGGUGAUUGGUAGUCAAAUGAAACGAGAACAAGGGAAGACAUUGCACGAUGCAGACCGAUCUGCGAAUCGUAUUUAUCACAUAUAUGUCUCAUCUGAGAACUUUGCAUGAUACCGUCCAGGAAACUUUUCUCGGCUCAAGGUGACAAACAACGAAAUAUAAACUACUCUUAAGCGCUGCGGCACCGAAACCAGCUUUAGGCACGUACUGAUUUCAAAUGACUGUCACUUGUGUUAGCGAGAGAGAUCUGGGUAGAGACGGAAACAGACCAAAGAGGGAGGGAGGGGGUGGGGUAGGUAGAAAGUGAAUUCGCGAAAAUAUAUCUACAGCCACUUCUACAAAAAUCCCUAUCUACCAACCGAGAAAAGAUACUACAUAAACAAAACCACACAGUAAACAAGCUAAGACAGAGGAAGUUAAGAUAAUUACAAAAUGUUUGCUACCCCGGUUUUUAUAAAUCCGGGUGGCAGUAAUACAGUACAGAAGUAAUAGUCACAACUAUCAGGACAGCUUCUUUCAACACUUCACAACCACCUUGUGAUCGGCGACUUCCUUAAAAAUCUCAGGUCAGCGGUUAACAUUAUUCAAUUCCUUCUUAAAUCCUUUAAAACAACCACUGACGAAAACGCCGAGCAACUGGAAAAGAUAAAACUAUGCUAGGGAGAGGACGUAUAUAUACGUUCUUGGUACCGGGAACUUGUCUUUUUGGACGUAUAUAUACGUGGCACUAAAAGGGUUGCGAGUAUCACACAAACCCGAAAUUCAUUAUUUUCAUGUUUUCUUCAUUUAUAUCACCAUUCACAGGCACUGAAUAAGUGAGUGCUUGUCUUUAUUUCCGCCUCAUAGACGCAUACUAUAACUUUACUUCUCUUGGAGCUACGGGGAGAUUUGGACCAACCAGUAAUGCACAUUACCAAGGCACCUCGCUGCAAGGGAUAUCAGUUCAAAAGGGCCUACAAACUUGGAUUGUUCCAGUGACGGGCAAGUAUCAAGCUGAGCUGUGUGGAGCUUCAGGAGCGGACAAUGGGUUUUAUAACACCAGAGGUGGAAGAGGCGCCAAAGUAAAAGGAAGCGUUCAUCUGCAAAAGGGAACACAGCUGAGUGUCUUAGUGGGGCAAGAAGCAACUGGAGGGGGUGGUGGGGGUGGAACGUUUGUUGUAUUUGCUGCAGAUGGCAAGCCUUUAGCUGUGGCUGGGGGUGGGGGUGCAGCUGAAAUUGUAGAUGGUGAUCCUGGACAAGCUAGUGAAACAGGCAGCGUAAAUGGUGGUUCGAAAGGAAAGGGAGGAAAGGUUUGUGUGUCAGAUGCCGCUUUUCAAUCUUUAGUUGGUGUCGGAGGAGGUGGUGGCCUAUUAACGAAUGGACGCUGCUAUCAAGAUGGAAAAUGCAACAAACAAUGUCCAGGGAACGACGGAGGCAAAUCAUUUUCCGCCGGUGGAGUGGGAGGUUAUAACAAGAAGGCCGGAUGUGGUGCUGGUGGGUUUGGUGGUGGUGGGAAUUGUGGGGGAGGGGGUGGGUACUCCGGUGGUGGUGCCCAAGUGGACGGGAAUAGCGAAAAUCUGGAUCUUAGCGGCGCUGGGGGAGGAGGUUCGUUUGCACCUAAUAAUAACUGGAGUUUGCUGUCUGGAGAUUGCCCUGUGGGAAACGGUUUUGUUACGUUUAAGUUAGUAUCACUGAAUUGA